GAGGCGAGCUGCUGGGCUGUUGUCGCUGACAGUCCAGCCCGUCGGCAUGGAUUCCACCGCCUGCUUGAAGUCCCUGCUCCUGAGCAUCAGUCAGUACAAAGCCGUUAAGUCGGAGGCGAACGCCACUCAGCUUCUGAGGCACUUGGAGGUAGUUUCUGGACAAAAGCUCACACGACUGUUUACAUCACAGCAGAUAUUACCAAGCGAAUGCUUGAGCUGCCUUGUAGAACUUCUUGAAGACCCAAACAUAAGUGCUUCACUGAUCUUAAGUAUUAUCAGUUUGCUGUCUCAACUGGCUAUAGAUAAUGAAACCCGAGACUGUCUUCAGAAUAUCUACAAUCUGAAUAGUGUGUUGUCGGGAGUGGUUUGUCGGAGCAGCACGUGCCACAAUAAUUCAGUGUUUUUACAGUGCAUUCAACUGCUGCAGAGAUUAACAUAUAAUGUCAAAUUCUUCCACUCUGGUGCCCAUAUAGAUGACUUAAUUACAUUCUUGAUUGGUCAUAUUCAGUCUUCUGAAGAUGAGCUAACUAUGCCCUGUCUAGGACUGCUGGCAAAUCUCUGUCGGCACAAUCUUUCUGUUCAAACACAAAUAAAAACUUUGAGUAAUGUGAAAUCUUUUUACCGAACUCUCAUAAGCUUCCUUGCACACAGCAGUCUGACUGUGGUUGUGUUUGCACUUUCAAUAUUAUCCAGUUUGACACUCAAUGAAGAAGUGGGGGAAAAGCUAUUUCAUGCUCGAAACAUUCAUCAGACUUUCCAACUAAUAUUUAAUAUUCUCAUAAAUGGUGAUGGUACCCUAACAAGAAAGUACUCAGUUGAUCUACUCAUGGAUCUCCUUAAAAAUCCUAAAAUUGCUGACUAUUUAACCAGGUAUGAGCACUUCUCUUCAUGUCUUAAUCAAGUACUAGGGCUUCUAAAUGUGAAAGACCCUGAUUCUUCUUCAAAGGUUUUAGAAUUACUUCUUGCAUUCUGUGCAGUGACUCAGCUGCGCCAUGUUCUCAGUCAGAUGAUGUUUGAACAGCCUCCAUCUGGCAACAACAUUCUGGGAAGCCGCUCUCCUAAGAGCUUAGAACCUAUUGUGGCGCUACUUCGCUGGUUAAGCCAACCCUUGGAUGGAGCUGACAACUGUGCUGUGUUAGCAUUGGAGUUGUUCAAGGAAAUCUUUGAGGAUGUCAUUGAUACUGGUAAUUGUUCCUCAACUGACCGUUUUGUGACCCUUCUGCUUCCUACAAUCCUUGAUCAGCUUCAGUUCACAGAACAGAAUCUGGAUGAGACCUUAAUAAAAAAUAAAUGUGAAAGGAUGGUCAAAGCCAUUGAAGUUUUAUUAACUCUGUGUGGAGAUGACACUCUGAAAACGCAUGUUGUGAAAAUACUGACUACCAUGAAGUGCAGCAUGCUGAUAGAGCAGCAGUUCACAUAUGGCAAGAUUGACCUGGGCUUUGGAACAAAGGUAGCUGAUUCUGAACUGUGCAAACUUGCUGCUGACGUAAUUUUGAAAACUCUUAUUUUGAUGAACAAACUUAAGCAGUUGGUUCCUGGUAUGGAAGUAAGCUUCUACAAAAUCCUUCAGGAUCCUCGGUUGAUUACUCCUUUAGCUUUUGCUUUAACAUCAGAUAAUAGAGAACAAGUCCAGUCUGGACUGGGAAUACUGCUGGAAGCCGCUCCACUGCCAGAUUUCCCUGCCUUAGUACUUGGAGAAAGUAUAGCAGCAAACAAUGUAUACAGACAGCAAGAAACUGAGCGUCUGCCCAGGAAAAUGACUUUGCAGCCCUUAAAUCACUGUUUAUCAGCAUCAGCAAAGUGCUUAACGCCUCCUCUUUCAAAAGAUAAUGCCCCUGCAUUGAACAUUGAGGACCUCAUAGAGAAACUUCAGGCUGGAGUGAUGGUAAAGGAUCAGAUUAAUGAUAUAAGAAUAUCUGACAUAAUGGAUGUUUAUGAGAUGAAACUUUCUACCUUAGCCUCUAAAGAGAGCAGGUUACAAGACCUCCUGGAAGCAAAGGCCCUGGCUCUUGCACAAGCUGACAGACUGAUUGCUCAGUAUCGCUGUCAAAGAACUCAAGCAGAGACCGAGGCACGAACACUCGCGGGUAUGUUACGAGAUGUUGAGAGAAAAAACGAAGAACUUAGUGUGUUGCUGAAGUCCCAACAGCUCGAGUCAGAAAGAGCCCAAAAUGAUAUUGAGCAUCUCUUUCAACACAGUAAGAAGUUGGAGUCUGUGGCUGAGGAACAUGAAAUACUGACGAAGUCCUACAUGGAACUUGUUCAAAGAAAUGAAGAUAUGGAAAAAAAGAAUGCUGACUUGCAGACUACCUGCGAAUCCCUGAAUAAACACAUUGAGACAGUGAAAAAGUUGAACGAGUCCCUCAAGCAACAAAAUGAAAAAACCAUUGCUCAGCUGAUAGAGAAAGAAGAACAGAGAAAAGAAGUCCAGAGCCAGUUAGUAGACAGAGAAUGUAAACUAUCAAAUUUGCAUAAAAAAUCAAAAUCCCAAGAAGAAAAAAUUAAUGUUUUACAAAAGGAAAAGGAAGAUAAGCAGGAAACCAUUGAUAUCCUUAGAAAAGAAUUAAGCAGAACAGAACAGAUCAGAAAAGAGUUGAGUAUUAAGGCUUCCUCCCUAGAAAUGCAGAAAGCUCAAUUAGAAGGUCGUUUGGAAGAAAAAGAGUCCUUGGUUAAACUUCAGCAAGACGAGCUGAACAAACAUUCUCACAUGAUAGCAAUGAUCCACAGUUUAAGUGGUGGAAAAAUAAGCCCAGAAACUGUGAAUCUUAGUAUAUAAACAUCAUGGCUUCGAGGAAUUUGUAUGUGGAUACUUUUGUUGUAUUCAUAUAUUGGAGGUGGAGGAAACGGAGGAAAUCGUGACUUCAAAACAAUUAUCAUUUGUUCGCUAUCUAUUAACUUAGUAAAAUCAUAAUUUCAUUGAUGUUUUACUUGGUCUUUAGAAUAGAAUUUUUUAUUUUUUUUUAAUGUUUACUCUUAUGUGUCGUACAUAGUCUCAUUUAUGAUUAUAGCCAUGGAUUACUUAAUAGCAACCAUGAAUAUAUUUACAUAAAUGUUCUCUUAAGCACUUUCUUCAUUUUGUGACCAUUGCUAGAAUUGACACACACACUAUGAGGGAUCCAGGGUCACUAGGCUGCAUCAUCUUUUGGGAUUAUGGUAAUAAAAGUAUGAUCUAUCAUUGGUUAAAAACUGUCAUCACCAUCACCCACUGAUAUAUUUGUUAAGUACUUUCUUGAUGCAGCAGUCUUAGAGAUUAAUUGAUUAAGGUCAACUAAUAAAAAUGUUCUGAUACUACUAAGGAACUUUCUCUCUAAAGUUAACAGAAAAUAGAUUGAAAGAACUUUAUUAUUGCAUUUAAAAUGAAAUUAUAUUUAGCCUAAACUCUAAAUUUGGAAACAGUGCUGUAGCUAUCAGAAAUGUUUAAAAAUGGAAAAGUAUUUGUUACAUUAAAUGAACAUAGUCUCCUGAAAUUAAAAAUGUGUAUAAUUAUUUGCAACUUUCUUUAGUUCUUUUGUUUGGCUUUUGUUGUUGUUGUUUUGUUUUUUUGUUUUUUGUUUUUGUUUUUUUUUUUAAGAUCUUAUACAGUAACCUAAGGUGGUCUUUAACUGUCUCACUUUUUGUUUUUAUUUUUUGUUAUUUUUUUUUCUUUUUUAAUUUUGUUGUUUGCUUUAUAAGAUACAGUUUUUCUCUGUAUUCCAGGCUACUCCUGAAAUCACUGUGGAGCCCAUGCAUGUCUUAACUCACAGUGAUCUCCUGUCUUGGCCUCCCAAGCACUAGGAUUACAAGUGUAUCAGUAUAUAUUAAGAAAUUAACUAUUCUUAAAAUGCUGUAUGUUGAAAAAUCCAUCAUCGCUUUUGAGAGUAAUUGGAUUUCUAUUCUAUCAAUCAGAAAUGUUAUUUCUUGUAAUACAACACACAUUUAAUGUAUAAAUAGUUUUCAAUUGAGCCAUUGAAUUUUAAGCAAAAGUUAUAUAUCCCUGUUUUAGUAUUCAUACAAGAGAAUUCUUUUAGCACUUUGCAUUUAAAUAAACACAGGUGUGGUGUGUUUCAGAAGGCAUUUUAGAUCCGUAUUUAGAUCCGUAUUGCUUUGAUUUCCUUAUGCUAUCCUCUGUGCAUUCUCCACAGUAUAUGAUUUCAAUGAGCUUAGUUUUGCUUCUGUCUUUCAAUCAUAGAAAGUAUGAACUUGUGUUUCAAAAUUAAUCAUAUAUUUGCAUUUUAAUGAUUGCAUUAAGGACUGUAGCAGUGCAGUGGUGGCACAUACCUUUAAUCCCAGCAAUCAGGUUUACGCAGAAUAAAAAGUUAUUUUAUUUUAUACAAGGGAGGAAAUUAGUGAAUGAAUCAGAAGUGUUAGGGACAAUAAAAUAAAACUAUAUGCAACAUCUCUAGGCACUGUGUGUGUGGGUGUGUGCACACUUACAUGUAACCCCAGGUUACCUUGUAGAAUUGUGUGUGUGCUACCUAAUACUCAUUAGUUACAUGUUCUGUUGAGCCCUUAAAAUGUGGUGUGUGGAGGUGAAAAGUUAGAUAUUUAACUUGUUUUAGUAGCUGUUCCACUGAAUAUCGUGACAUUGUGAUAUGAAAUCAUCUACAAUAUUUUGGACUGCAUUCAUAGCUAUCCUGGGUUGAAUGCUAUCCAUGAGACCCAGGUUAAACUUGCCUAAUUGUUCAUUUUGUUUCCUGUAGUUUCACUUACAAUGAUAAACUUUUAUCUGAAAAAUAGAAGUAAUAAUGCAUCAGUUUUAAAUACCACAUGAGUCUGAGUUGGUGAAAUCUGUCUUCCCACUCUGUUUUGCAUCAUGUAUCUCUUUACCACCAUGUCUCUACUGCAUAUUCUACUUGCAGUAUGGCUACAUACUAGUCGACCUGACCCAGUUAUCAGAUCAUGUUCUCAGGUACUGAAAUGCUGUAUUCAAGUAACCCUUAUUCCAUGAUACUUAAUAAUGGCUCUAAAACAUGCAAAAGUAGUCAGUUUGAAUGUAGCUAUUAUAUUGCAGAUAAAGGAAGCAGGAUAAGUAAAAUAGUAUUUUAAGGUGAAUACUAUAUAAAUAACUCACUACAGGACCUUUUUAUAGUUAUUAUUUAAUUGUCAAGUGUUAUUUCCUCUUAGUACCUUAUUUAUAAAUGAAGCUUUAUAGCUAGGCAAAGUGAUGUGUGCCUUCAACUCUCACACUUUGAAAGCAGAGAGAGACAGGUGGAUGAUAAGUUCAAGGCUAACCCAGCUAUACAGAGAGGUCUUAUUUUACAUAAGGAUUAAAGUUGGAGGUUGACAGAAUAGGAGUUAGCUACAUUUUAUAAUAUGUAUUUUCUUUCUGGUUCUGUGUAUCUCAAAUUUUGAAACCAAAUUUUGUGUGUGUGUGUUAAUGUAUAUACACAUAUACAUACAUACAUACAUACAUACAUACAUACAUACAUACAUACAUACACACAUACACACAUACACACAUACACACUUUUCUAAAAAAGAUUUAAUCAGGUUCAUACUAUUUUACCAUAGUUGAGGAUUUAAAAUAUGUAUACCAUAGCCCAGAUAAAAAAUCAAAACAAGAAAUUAAUUACUAGUUUUAUACACAUCUGCAUAAUUUUUGUGACAUAUUUUCUAAAACACGUAACUAUUAUAUUUCCUUUUACUAUUUAUACAUAACAAUUUGAACAAAUACUUGUAGUUUGCAUAAAAAUGGCUCUAUAGGCUCAGGGACUAUUACUACUACACCUUGUUGGUGUAGGUGUGGUAUUGUUGAACAAAAUGUGUCCCUGGGUGGCUUUUGAGAUCUCAGAUGCUCAAGCCAGGCCAAUGGCUCAGGGUCUCUUCCUGCUGCUUGCAAAUCCUGAUGUAGAAUCUCAGCUCCUUCGCCAACACCUUGUCUGUUUGCACGCUGCAAUCCUUCCUACCAUGAUGAUAAUGGAAUAAACCUCUGAAGCUGUGAGAGAGCCCCAAUUAAAUGUUUUUCUAUAUGAGUUGCUGUGGUCAUGAUGUCUCUUCACAGCGAUAGAAAGCCUAACUAAGACAGUGCUCUUAAAACUUGAUUGGUUAAAGUUUAUUCUCUGCUGCUUAAUUUUGUGUGAGUAUAAAGAUGGAGGGUUAAUGCCAUAUCUUAAAAAGGAAUCAGAUUAGUGUUUCUUUGGGUCUUAAUGUCAUAAUGAUUAUCUGAUGAUUUGAAGGAAAUUGUAUCAUAGGUUAAGUUUUUUAUUUUAGGAUGUAGCAGACAGAGUCACAAGUCACAAUUAUUAAACUCUGCAAUAGUAGCAAAAAGGAAGCCUUGGACACUAUGCAAGUAAAUAUUCCCGGCUGGGUUCUAGUAAACCUUAUUCACAAAACUGUCAAUGAUUUGCUAUUAAAUGUUGAAUUUAACCACUAAGAAA